AUGCGGGCCUUUAUCCCUCCGGAGAUCCUCUCCCUGAUCUUCAUGCACGCUCUUCCAACGUGUUGCGCAGACCGGGAACUCGGACCUGACAGUAGUCCAAUCCUUCUCACUCUCGUCAGUCGGUACUGGCGUGCCGUGGCACAAUCGACUCCCCGGUUAUGGGUCGAUCUCUACCUCCCGGAUGUCCCACGAACGGUACAGGAUAUCGACCCUUUCUUCACGGCCAUUCAGAAUUGGCUGUCAUACUCGGGCAGCCAACCGAUAUCUUUGACUCUGACCUCGGAGGAGUGGGACAAAAAUAUUCUCGCCCGCUACCUCUCGAUCCUCUGUGCCCACUCUGGACGGUGGAAGAGUAUCUCCUUUGACUUCCGUAUUGUCGACCCGAUCAUAUUUCCGGUCCUCAACCGCCAGACCAUGCCGUUCCUGGAGUCGUUCUCUUACCAGACGCACGACCCCGAAGUCACCGUCGCUCACACCGAUGCCAUUUCCCCCUCUGCGUGGACAGUAUGGGACAGUCUAUCAUGGGCCCCACGUCUCCACACCAUCCGUCUCGUCCACCCUAUCUCUACCCUUCUACUCACGCCAUCUCCCAGUAUCACCACCAUCGACAUCAAGAUCGUCACGACCUUAGAUCCCAUCACCGUCGACCUAGCUCAUUUCCUCCUCUGCGUCGGGAGCUGUCCGAACCUCGAGUUCCUUCGGAUCAGUUACGAGGGAGAAGAAGAAGACAUCGUGCUGCUUACCACCGGAGUCACCCAAAUUCGCCUACCCAACCUCCGCACCCUCAGCCUCUUCAUCGACCAAGCGCCCUACCUGUUUAAAGCCCUCCUCGAUAGCAUCCUGGCCCCGAAUCUCCAGCGGUUCGAGAUCGCGGCGAGCGAAAGCAAUCGAGAGCUCUACGACUCACUCGGCGACUUCAUCCUGCGCGUCUCUCCCACCCUCCGUUCUUUCGAUUCGUCUGGGAAACUGCUCAACGACGCGGACCUCGCUGAAGCUUGCCAACGGCUCUCGCAUCUCACCUCCCUCUCCGCAUGGGACUACAUGGUCGCUGAAAACUCAUUCAUCAAAGCUCUCCGACUGCACUUCCACCCCGACGGUCGUCUUCGCUUCGGACAAAAUACGAAUCUGAAAGACCUCAACAUUUACGUUGCGGGCUCGUGGUCUGGUUUCGGGUGUACGUUUGCGGAGUAUUAUAUGCAGAUUUUGGAGGCGGUGCAGUCGAGGUGGAGGUUGCCCGUUGGGGCGAAGGAUUAUGACGGGAAUGAGUUGGAGAGGAUGAGAGAGGUUAAGUUUGCGGGGUGGAGUGAGUAUAGGAUUAGGCAGGAGGCGCCGGUGGCGUAUGCGAUGCUGAUCAGGUUCAGGAUGGAGGGGUUGGUGGUCAAGUUCAGCAGUGAUUGGAAUGAGGAGGCGUAUUAGGGCACGAGCUGAAGAGUCGGAGGGUGAGGUUGUGUCUUUUGUUUUGUUCUGUCCUCAGUCUUGGUCUUGGUCUCGUGAACUCAUCAGGAAUAAUAUGCUUAGUGGCACCCAUAUCGCCUUAUGGCGCACGAUAAUUGUACUCUUUUACGAUCCCC